AUGUGGAGCUGCUCAGUGAUCUCUCAGGCUCCAGAUGCCACCUGGGAUGAUGAAAUCUUUGAUAUCACCAUCAAAUUUCCAGUAGGAUUUCGUGAUAUGGAAUGUGCCGACGUGCCUUUAUUAACUCCCAGCAGCAAAGAAAUGAUGUCUCAGGCGUUGAAAGCCACCUUCAGCGGCUUUGCCAAAGAGCAGCAGCGACUGGGAAUCCCCAAAGAUCCCCAGCAGUGGACGGAGACGCACGUGCGGGACUGGGUGAUGUGGGCGGUGAACGAGUUUAGCCUGAAGGGAGUGGAUUUCCAGAAGUUCUGCAUGAACGGAGCCGCCCUCUGCGCCCUGGGCAAGGAGUGUUUCCUGGAGCUAGCGCCUGACUUUGUGGGAGAUAUCCUUUGGGAGCAUCUGGAGAUCUUGCAGAAAGAGGUAAAACCUUACCCGGCAAACGGAGUGAACACGACGUACCCAGAGUCCCGCUAUACUUCAGACUACUUCAUUAGUUACGGCAUCGAGCACGCGCAGUGCGUGCCUCCCUCCGAGUUCUCCGAGCCCAGCUUCAUCACAGAGUCCUACCAGAGCCUCCUUUUUCUCCUGUCCCUCAAGUACGAGAACGACUACCCCUCGGUGAUCCUGCGCGACCCGGUGCCGCCGGAUUCCCUGCAGACGGACUACUUCACCAUCAAGCAAGAAGUCGUAACGCCCGACAACAUGUGCAUGGGCCGCACCAGCCGAGGUAAACUGGGUGGCCAGGACUCCUUCGAGAGCAUAGAGAGCUAUGACAGCUGCGACCGCCUGACGCAGUCCUGGAGCAGCCAGUCGUCCUUCCAGAGCCUGCAGCGCGUCCCCUCCUACGACAGCUUCGACUCGGAGGACUACCCCGCCGCCCUGCCCAACCACAAGCCCAAGGGCACCUUCAAGGACUAUGUUCGGGAUCGGGCCGACAUGAACAAGGACAAGCCCGUCAUCCCUGCUGCUGCCCUCGCCGGCUACACAGGUUGGACUGGCGACGGCUGGGAAUUCAAACUUUCCGACCCAGAUGAGGUGGCCAGGCGCUGGGGCAAGAGGAAAAACAAGCCCAAGAUGAACUACGAGAAGCUGAGCCGCGGCUUGCGCUACUACUACGACAAGAACAUCAUCCACAAGACGGCCGGCAAGCGCUACGUCUACCGUUUCGUCUGCGACCUGCAGAGCCUGCUGGGCUACACGCCCGAGGAGCUCCACGCCAUGCUGGACGUCAAGCCCGACGCCGACGAGUGA